AUGCUUCGCGGCAGAGGGUCGUGGGUCGGAUUGUCGACCCGGUUGAAACACUAUAGGAUCGAACCGGAGAAGACCGAAUCUAGUGCUGUUGCUCAGAACAGCGAGACUGAAUCUGUUAUUUCUCGUUACGAUGAGACGUAUAAGAAACUAGAUAAGCUCGAUUUCGUGACCGCUGCGAAGAUCUUGUUCAGUGCACCACCCAAGAAGAAUAAAUUUUGGGUACUUUCUCUGCUUGACUGGCAUAUUGUGCAAUUCAUUAUCGUCUGCUUGCCGUCUCUAGCUGUUUACCUGGUUGCUCAAUAUGCUCGCCGUAAAAUGAAGAUAGUGGACGCUGUGAGUUUUCAUUUCUUGUUCAUUACCAAACUGAUAUCCCGAGAGAAAGAAGAGGCUGAAAAGAAGGCCUUAGAAGAAGAAGCAGCAACCAAGUCUCAGGAUGAGCUAAUGGAGAUGAAACAGAGACUGAGAAAAAUCGAAGAGACAAUAAAUGAGAUUGUUUUGGAAGCCAAGAAACCUGCUCCAUCAAAAACACAAGGAGAUCAAAUCUACUAA